AACCUGGUUGAGCUCUUGUCUCCAUAUCCAGAAGCUCUUGAAGUGGUUGAUUGUCAUGGUCUCACCGCCCUCCACUAUGCUGUUCUGUGUGGAAGGAUAAGGAUGGUCAAGGCAUUAGUUAGAUGUAAUCCUAAGUUGACGCAACUUCCAGAUAAUGGAGGACGUGUUCCUGUGGCAAUGUCUGCUCUGGAAGCUUCUAUGCAUAAGGAUAUUGCAUGGUUCCUGGCCAAAAAUACAACAGACGAUGGGCCAAGUCAUCCCUUCAGUGGUCCCGAUGCAAUGGGGCCCAUUAUACAUCUCACCUUCGCUGGUCAUCAUGAUAUCACCCUUUAUCUAGUCGGGCAGUACCCUCACUUACUUACCAUGAAAAGAAGAAAGCAUCAAUGCUUUACUAUACUCGACGCGUUGGCGAGGAUGGAUUCUCACUUUCUCAGCGGCAUGAGGCUCAGUGUUUUGGAAUCAUUGAUAUACAAAUGUAUUCCGGUGGACUUGAACUACAAACCAACAGAUGAAAAUUCGGAUACUGCGCUUCAAUGUCUUACAAAAUCACUUUGGAAUGCUGCCAAAAUUAUAGUUCCUAUAAUCAAGAGAGUUCACGAGGUGAAGCUGAGACACAUGGCGGCAGUUGAGUUGGCAAAACAAGUUUGUAUUGCAAUCUCUUAUAUGAAUACUGUCGAGAUCACCAACUUUUUCGAAGAGGAAGACAUGCUGCUCCAAGCUACGGUCAAGGGAAUAAGUGAACUCGUGAAGCUCUGUAUUCAGUUUUUUCCGGAGCUCAUUUGGGUUACGCCUCAUAAAAAGAGGUUGACGGUAUAUGCGGUGGACUUUCACCAAGAAAGGACUCUCAGACUUUUUUUGAAGGUAAGCUCAACUAAUGAGAUGUCAUUAGUUCCAGGGCCUACAAGGAAAGAGUCUGAGCUAAUGAUAAUCGAUGCAACAGAGUACGUUGUAGCGCGGUACUACCCUAAUUUUGAUGUUGUAACUAAUGUCCCCGGAACAGUUUUUCAAAUGCAAAGAGAAGUGCAAUGGUAUAAGGCUGUGGAAAGUUGGAUUAUCCCUAGCAUGAGAGGUGGCUACUAUAAGGAAAAAACGUGUUGGAGUAUAUUCAUGGAGAACCACAAAGAGCUGCUUGAGAAAGGAGAGAUGUGGGUGAAGGAAACAACAAAUUCAUGUAUGCUCGUCUCAACUUUAAUUUCCACAAUAUUAUUUGCUGCUGCUUUUAGUGUGCCUGGAGGCAACGAUGGCGAUACUGGAGUCCCAUUAUUGUUGGGAAAGGACUCUCUCCUGGUUUUUGCAAUUUCGGAUGGUUUAGGUUUGUUCUCCUCGGUGACGGCCAUUUUGCUAUUCCUAGCUAUCUUAACUUCGCGGUAUGAGCCACAAGAUUUUCUUGAAUCUCUGCCCAAGAAGAUCAUAAUGGGCCUUCUUUGUCUUUUCCUUUCCUUGGCUUUCAUGCUGGUGGCCUUCGUUGCAACACUCACAAUCGUGCUGGAUAAGAGACUAGAGUGGGUUCUCAUUCCCAUUACUUUGUUGGCCUCUGUCCCCGUGGCUUUAUUCGUUGCACUACAGCUUCCCCUGCUAUUCCAAAUGGUUAAAUCCACUUAUGGACCAAGCAUCUUUCGUCCCAAGAGCAUUUGGGAGUGA